AAGAGAUCAUAUGACCAGCUCUUCCUCAUAUCAAUCUUCGAGAGUAAGAGGUUUGUUGUGCAGCUCUUCCUCUUUGUAUCUCCACUCUGCCACGAGUCUUUACAUAUCCUAUUAAUAGAACCACUGUCUAUUAGAACAACCAGGUAAGCAAUGGCAUCUAGCUCAAAACGUAGCUCAAGCUCAUCUUGGACAUUGAAGCAAAACAAAUCUUUUGAGAAGGCCCUAGCUACAUAUGACAAGGACACACCUGACCGCUGGCAGAAUGUAGCCAAUGCUGUGGGAGGAAAAUCUGCAGAAGAAGUGGAGAGGCAUUACAGAAUCCUAUUAGAUGACCUCAAGCGCAUAGAGGCUGGUCAAGUUCCAUUCCCAAACUAUAGACCAACUGGUUCAAGCAAUGGACACAAUCUUGGUGAUGAAGAGGCGAGGCUUAUCAAGUUUCUGAAGCUCCAGUGAAAUCCAAACCUCAGCAAUUAUUAAAUAAGUGCAGAUCUACUUAACAGAAUUGUCAAUGCCAUAUUGACAUACAUGUAGAGUGGCAUGAAGAUGAGAAUCACUCUCAUACUGUUCACCAGUAUUCUAUUUUCCAGUAUUUCUUGUUGUGUGUUUCUUUUCACCUCCUACUCUUACCUAAGCCUUUGCCUGUACGGGAAAAACGGCAGGGAAGAACGAGCUAAGCUGUGAUUUCUCCUUCUUAUAUCAUUUCUAAUGUAACUGUAAUAUAUAUAUACGACACAUCAUCUACUUAUCUA